AUGGCGAUGCUGUGGCAUGACCUCAAGAAAGCGGUUCACACCGGACAUCCCAAGAAUAUUGCUGAACUGAAACAGUUCUACGAUGACCCCUUGCAGCCGGUGACCCAGGACGAGACGGCGUCUGUGGGCGGCAUGGUAACCCUGACCUGCCGGGUGGCAGCGAGUGACAACUCCUCCCUGCAGUGGUCCAACACGGCCCAGCAGACCUUGUACUUUGGAGAGAAGAGAGCUCUGAGAGAUAACCGUAUCCAGCUCAACCGGUCUACAGGCACAGAGCUGUCCAUCACCAUUGGAAAUGUGCAGCUGUCAGACGAAGGAGAGUACACCUGCUCUAUCUUCACAAUGCCUGUCCGCACUGCCCGCGCCACAGUCACCGUGCUAGGGGUCCCUGAUAAGCCCCAGAUCUCUGGCUAUGAAGACACUGUCCAGGAGGGGGGUAAGGUCACCCUCACCUGCACCAGCUCUGGGAGCAAGCCUCCCGCCAAACUACGCUGGUACAGGAACCAGGAGGAACUUACAGGUCGUCCUGACGUGGUGGAGACUAAUCCAGACGAGGCCACCUACACAGUGAUCAGUGAGCUGACUCUGACGGUGGGUCGUAGCGACGACAACACCCUGAUCGGCUGUGCUGUUGACCACCCUUCUCUGUCCCCGGGUGAGAAGUGGACCGAACAGCCCAUCAGAGUCCUGUUCACCCCAGAUGUCACUAUCCAGCCUCAGAAUGAUCUGCCCAGAGAGGGAGAGAAGUUCAUUAUACAAUGCAUAGGCAAUGGAAACCCGAAGCCCACCUCGUACGUGUGGCGGAAGAAGGAUGGAGAGCUCCCUCUGAUGGCCAAGGUGGACGGUAGUUUCCUGCUCUUUGAGAUGCUCAACAAAUCAGACAACGGGGUGUACCUCUGUCAGGCUGACAACGGAAUCGGGAAGAUGCAGGGAGAGUACACGCUGCUGGUGCAAGGUACU